GGUCGGAGAGAAUGGAAGAGGGAGUCGUACGUGUGCCAGGAGCGCUGCACCUCUCGCUGUGACUAGUGCUCUUCAAGGAUUUUACCCCCCCCCCCUUCUCUUUCGUCUCUUUUAUUUACCUCCCUCUGUUAUUUUCUCCUGCAUAGCUGUGGCACUGGCUUGUUUUUUCUGUCUUUUUUCCUCUUUUCCAUUCCUCCCCCCCACAACCACCCCUUCCCCUCUUUCUCUCUCUCUCACUCUCUCUCUCUCUCUCUCUGUCUUUCUGUGACUUGCAACAAAAGGCUGACGGAGUGAGCCUGACGUCUGAAUGAAUAGCCCAAACCUGCCGUGAAGGGAGAGAAGAGCGAGACGGAGCAGGAAAGGGGAGGCUGAGGAGAAAAGAUACAAGUGAUCUGGCUGAAGAGGCGGAAAAGAGGAGAGCGCAGAGAAGUGUUGAUUGCUGGCUGAAGACGAAUAGAGAUCCAAAAAAUAUUUUUUCCUCCCCGUCUUUGGAGAUUAAAGGAGUUGAAGGCACCGCUUUAACCGCACAGGCUGGUGACGAUCGUAGUUCUCGCUCCCCCGUCCUCCCCCUCAGCUGCUGCCCUCUUGUGCCACCUUCCAUUUUUUUUCCCCCACUCUGAAGAGUACCAGUCGUCUGAGAAAAAGAAAUGGAGCUUCUGGGGGUGAGGUGACGAAGGAGGACAGAUUUGGAAACAAGCAGCGGGAGAGCAAGUGAAGACAGCGAAGGAAGGAAGACAAGAGCGAGAGGGAGGGAGGGAGGCUGGAGGAGGAGGUAGAGAGGAGACAAGAGGAUAACCCCGGGGCAUACUGUGUGAGAAUCCCCCAACGCCCACUUUUUCUUUUUUUUUUGUGUCCCUCUCCACUACAUUUCCUCUGCCAUGUGCAGCUCCUGAUUUGAAGAAUGUGGAGACAGCAUUUCCCAGGUAUUCGGCCCCAGAUUAUGAAUGGGCCUAUGCACCCGCGCCCUCUGGUGGCGCUGCUGGAUGGGCGCGACUGCACCGUGGAGAUGCCCAUCCUCAAAGACCUGGCCACUGUGGCUUUCUGUGAUGCCCAGUCCACACAGGAGAUACAUGAAAAGGUGCUGAAUGAGGCAGUAGGAGCCAUGAUGUACCACACCAUCACCCUGACCAGAGAGGACCUGGAGAAAUUCAAGGCGCUGCGCAUCAUCAUCCGCAUCGGCAGCGGCUACGACAACAUCGACAUCAAGGCUGCCGGGGAGCUCGGCAUUGCGGUGUGUAAUAUUCCCUCAGCGGCUGUAGAAGAAACAGCAGACUCAACACUUUGUCACAUCCUCAACCUGUAUCGACGAAACACCUGGCUGUACCAGGCCCUCCGGGAGGGCACGCGGGUCCAGAGCGUGGAGCAGAUCCGGGAGGUGGCGUCGGGGGCAGCCAGGAUCCGAGGAGAGACGCUUGGUCUCAUCGGCUUUGGUCGCUCAGGCCAGGCGGUGGCGAUGCGGGCCAAGGCGUUUGGAUUCAACGUGAUCUUCUACGACCCCUACCUCCAGGACGGCUUGGAGCGCUCGCUGGGCGUUCAGCGAGUCUACACGCUCCAGGACCUGCUCUACCAGAGCGACUGCGUCUCCCUGCACUGCAACCUGAACGAACACAACCACCACCUCAUCAACGACUUCACCAUCAAACAGAUGCGUCAAGGUGCUUUCCUGGUCAAUUCGGCACGGGGAGGUCUAGUGGAUGAGAAAGCUUUGGCCCAGGCCUUGAAAGAAGGCAGGAUACGGGGAGCCGCCCUGGACGUCCAUGAGUCAGAGCCUUUCAGUUUUUCACAAGGUCCUCUGAAAGAUGCCCCCAACUUGAUCUGCACACCCCACACCGCCUGGUACAGCGAGCAGGCGUCACUGGAGAUGAGAGAGGCCGCUGCCACGGAAAUACGCAGAGCCAUCACUGGCCGUAUCCCAGACAGCCUCCGAAACUGCGUCAACAAAGAGUUCUUUGUCACCACGGCACCCUGGGGAGUGAUGGAGCAGCAGCAACCUCAAGUUCACCCUGAGAUCAACGGUGCUGCAUACAGAUUCCCUCCUGGUGUGGUGGGCGUCGCCCCCGGUGGAAUUCCUGGACCUAUGGAGGGGUUGGUGCCCGGGGGUGUUCCCAUCACCCACACCUUGCCCCCUGGUACCCAUCCGUCACAGGCCACUUCCCCCAGCCAACCCUCCAAACAUGGCGACCCCAUGAGAGAGCACAUGACUGAGCCGUAGGACUGCUGCUGCUGCUGCUGUUGCAACUGAGCAGGGGGCUAAAAAACCUCAGCGACCUACCAACUCAACCAUCCAACUGUACGCUUGACUUCAGCCAUCUGAACCUACCAGCAGACUGCCUGCCGGGCAACGUUUCACACUUUUUCUUUUUUGUAUGAAACCACUAAGCCCAAGUGAGGACAGUGGAUGUUAACACACACAUGAGCUGCCACACUGAGAUGGGACUGACCAUCAAACUCAUGCGCCGAAAAAUCCAAAACCUCUCCUCCCCUCAUAUCUGUUCUUGUCCCUGAUUGAUUUAAGUGAUCCUUUUGUUUUUAUCUUUAUUUUUGAGCAUAUUUUAGAGCGAUUCCUCCUGACGUCUGGGACACGUUGACACUUCCGCGUGCAGGAUGGAAAUCUGCCCUCCCUGUUUAAAGUAAAGCUUGAAAGGACAGUGACUUCAUCAAGCCUCCUUUUUCCCUCCUUCCUCCACAAUUUCACCCAUUUCAGCACAAAAACAUGUCUUGUGUUAUUUUGUUUUUGUUUUUUUUUGUUUUUUUUACUUCUGUUUAUCCUAUAUUCUGUGUUUCUGUUGCAAGUGAAUAUCUGUUUUUCUGUUCUUCAGUGUGUGAAAAUGAAUGGAUUUACAGUUACACGUAUGUUAUAGCAGACAAGAAAAGUCAGCUGAUGACAACAGCAGCAUCUGCUGUCUCCAUCAGAAAUCUGGACUCUCGCAUCUUUGCUCUUUCCUGAUCCUGAUCGUCGUGGCUGGUGGCCCCUGAAUGUAGAGACAAGAUGCGGGGCAGCAGAUGAUGUGUUUUCCAGUUCCAGGAAGGAUAUUUCGGCUUAUGGGGUAAAAAACCAAAAAAAGGAGAAAAAAAAGACUGCCAUUCAUGGUUAGAUAUUAUACGUUGAGUGUGUCACCUCAGUUAAAUAGUGCUGUUGUAACUUUUCCAACUCUGCUGAACUGAGGUACCUACAAUAUUUGGUUAUUGUCAUGAACAGUGUUCCAAAUAUUAUCUGUUUGCAUCCAAAGGACCUGCAGUACUUUGCAGCACCAGCUAGCCAGGUAGGAAAAACAGUACAUUUCUUUCUGACUCAGGAAAAAAAUAAUUAACCUUCAAAUCUGUCCAAAUCUGAACGGAAAAGAAAAGAAAAACAAGUCUUGGAUUAUGGCUUUUCAUUUCUCCAUUGUGGUAUUUUUUUUUAUAUAUCAAAUGUAUGUUUUUUGAUGUUCAAGGUUUUCAGUCCUGUUAGAUUUGUAUUGCCUUGUUAAAUGUUCUUAUAAUCAUAGUCUUAUGUGACCGACCCCACCCUCUCCUCCUUAUAGUUUCUUCUUUUUUGUUUUUCUGCUCUAAUGAAAGCCAGCUGUGGCUCCCGGAGGCACCGUGCCCUCUGUGAACAACAGCAGCCACAUCCAUCCCUUUAGCUCCAUGAUAAUAGCAAGAGACGGCUGCUAGCAGAUUGUUUGGUUUUUAGUGUGAGUAUUUGUAUUUGUUUCUUGUACAAGGUGAACAUAUAGUAUACAGUGCAGCUGGAAACAAUAAAUAAAACUUGCUGUUCUGAUUGAU